UUUGGCAACAUUCACUACUGUCAAACAAACGAUAAUUGAUAAACAUUCAAUGUCUUACCAUUUUGCAGUUUUUGCAGUACCUGUGUGCUAUGUGCGUCGUAUAUUUUUAGUGAAUUCUAGUUCAAACUAUUUAGCAAAAAUAAAUAUUGUGGUGUUAAGUGCAAGUUAAUGGUAUUACCUAAUACAUUUUAUAUGUGAACGUUAAGGAUUUCAUGGAUUUUACUGUGUUUAAGUGCAGUAAACAGUGAAAAUGUCUACAAGCACGAGUGAUCACGAUAUGAGCGAUUCAUCCAACUCUCCAAUGUCUUAUUCGAUUCGAUACUCCCCGCACAGUUCUCCAUCCCAACAAGUUCCUCAACUAGCUUCUGAUCUUACUGAGUUAACUUGCGCAGACAAUAAAAGACAAUUUCUCAGACAAGCCAACAAACCAUGUCUGCGUAUCACGGAACAACCUCAAAACCACUUCAGGUUUCGUUAUGUGAGCGAGAUGGUGGGGACUCAUGGAUGUCUUCUGGGGAAGUCUUAUGGCACCAACAAAACAAAGACUCAUCCUACGGUGGAGCUACUCAACUAUACAGGGAAAGCUCUUAUAAGAUGUCGUUUGGCUCAACAUAACAACACGGAGGAACAUCCCCACAAAUUACUUGAAGAUGAACAGGACCGAGAUAUGAGUUGCCUAGUACCUGAUCAGGGGAGCUAUAAAGUCAGGUUCGGCGGUAUCGGUAUCAUACAUACCGCGAAAAAGGAUGUCGCGCCACUUCUAUUCAAGAAAUACUCUCAACAAUUGAAAAAUUCCAAUCUGAGCUUAAAAGACCUGCAAGUGCAAUGCGAGAGUAUUGCCAGGACCAUAAACUUGAACAUCGUUCGGUUGAAAUUCAGUGCUCAUGACGUUACUACCGGCCAAGAAAUAUGUGAACCUGUUUUUUCUGAACCUAUUCAUAACAUGAAGAGUGCUGCGACUAACGAUUUAAAAAUCUGUCGUAUAAGUCGGUCUACUGGUAUUGCAUCUGGUGGUGAAGAUGUCUUCAUAUUGGUGGAAAAAGUUAAUAAGAAAAACAUAAUGAUUCGAUUCUUCGAGUUGGAUGAGAACGGAGAAAGAAGUUGGACCAACGUUGGACGAUUUGUGCAAAGCGAUGUCCAUCACCAAUACGCAAUUGUCUUUCGAACUCCUCCCUAUAAAGUUCCGGAUACGCCCGUAGAUGUAGAAGUGUACAUCGAACUAGUUCGUCCGUCCGACGGCCGUACCAGCGAACCGAAGCAAUUCACAUACAAAGCCAACCGGGCACACAAGCAGAUAAAGAAGAGGAAGGCCGGAUCUUCACACUGUUCUAUUGGCAGCUCAUCUAGUGGAUCGUUGAAAAAUGGUUGUGACAUUCCCAUAUCAGUUGUCAAUCAUCAACCAGAAGAAGUUCCCAUGGAACGCGAGCCUCCGGUCCCAUCUUCGAUGUAUGUUUUACCUCAGGUGCAUGAUUCGGCGACGCCAAACCAGUGUGAUCUAGCAAGUGCAUUGUACUCUGCGCCCGGGUCAGAGACGAGCCAGUCUCCUAUAUCCAGCCCCAUGUGGAGUGAGCCUCACAGUGUGAUGCUGCCCAUGUCUCCCAUCGCCAACCUUCAGCUCAACUCUGCAGACUUCGAACAGAUCACAGUACCCACCAGCAAUGACCCGCAACCCCAGGUUCCGGAAGAUAUUAAACACUUUUUGAAUGAAUACAUGAGGAGCUACGGUGAAAGUUUAACCGAUGAAAGAAGCAGUAUGGACUUCAUUCGCACCUUGCUGUUAGCCGACUCUGGACGACCAAAGCAAGAGAACAAGGCCAACAUACGCUUGCAAGGAGACAGGAUGCAGGAACCUGCGCGUGAUCUGAAAAAAGAAGCAGAUAUAAAACCCAAAACCGAGUAUCCAGCGUUCUAUAAGACAGAAGACGGAAUUGAAGUUAAAAAGUUGGUAAAAGAAAUUUGUGAAAUGAUUAGAAACAAGAAAGGUUUCAAAAAAGCCGAAGUAAAAAGUCGCUUGGAAAGGUUAUUCGAGAUUCGUCUGUCGAAUGGAGACACGUUCCUUCACAUGACUCUAUGCAGUAACCAGCCAAGUUUAGAAUACAUAGUGAAGAUUAUUCACAGCGUGAGAGCAACUCAUCUCCUAGACUUCUCCAAUGACAGGCAACAGACGCCAUUGCACCUUGCCGUUGUCAACGACAUGCCCAAAAUGGUCACCUUGUUCGUUUCUAAAGGUUCAAAUCCGAUGAUGAAAGACGACGAAGACCUAAACGUGAUCCACUACGCAGUGAAAUACAAGUCGUGCCUCGAGACUUUACUUGACACUAUUAAGAAGAAUAAUGUGCCUUGUGACUUGAACGAAUACAAUGGAGAAAAACAAACCGCGUUACACAUGGCCGUGGUGGCUGGCUGGGAGAGCGGGGUACGCGUCCUGCUGCAGCACGGCGCCAGCUACAGCGCGCGGGACGCGGACGGCCGUACGCCCCUGCACCUCGCCGCCUACGACGACCGCCUCGCCGUCAUCAAGAUCCUUCUCGAGUUCAUACCUUUCAGUGAAGUCGACGUUAUGGACGGCGCUGGUAACACUGCUCUUCAGAUUGUCUGCGGCGGUACUACGAUCAGGGAGAAUACUGUUGAAAUCGCUAGACUCCUUCUAGAAAAGAAGGCGUAUCCUUUACGACGCGAAGAUAGCAACGAAUCCGCUUGGAUGCUAGUCAAGAAGAAGCCUGAACUUCGUGAAUUAAUGAAAGCUUACGUCAAUAUGGAGUACAUGGAUGAAGACGACAUUAAAUCCGAACCAGACGAUGACUUCGAAUCUGCUGAUGAAGGCGAUCAACCAGACAACGGCCUACAGGAGUUAAACCUGUACGCUCGCGAGGUGUCUGUGCUAGUGGACGUGUCGGGAGCGUGGCGCGUGUUAGCACAGCGCUUGCGCCUCGAUUCCCUAAUGGAGUGGUACGCUGCGCAACCCAGCCCUACGCUCACACUUCUUAAUCACCUUAAGGAUUCCCGUGAUGACAUAUCAUCCAAGUCGCUGGCGAUGAUCCUCGAAGAUAUGGGCCAGACCGAAGCUGCCAAUGUUAUUAGAAGGUACAUUGAUUGACACGAGGUUCUCUCUGACAGCAAUUGACCAUUUAGUUGAUAAUAAUAUUGUUAA